AUGUAAUAACAAAAAUAGUAUUUAUACAUUUACAUGUAAGGGUGUAAACGAGUAUGACAAUAUAGUAAAACAUUCCAUACAUUUCUGAUCCGUGACACCGCCUUCAUAUACACAUCUUCACCUGUAAUUUGGAUAUAGGAAGUGAUUGAGAAAACAUUUUUCUUGUAUUCUAAAUUAUAAAAUGGCCGGAUCUGUAACACCAAAACAAGCAGAAGCUUACUGGAAGAAGUAUAAUAAAGAUGGCAAUGAUGUUCUUACAAUAGAGGAGGUGAAGCAAUGCCUUCAGGAUGUAUACGAAACGGUUGAUGAUUUCGACAUAAAUGAAAAGUUUAUUUUCUUCGGACAAAAGGAAGCAAAGAAUUUAACGAAAGAGGAAUUCAUGACAGGCAUACUUAGAACUCAAAAAUGUGAUGAGUUAAAGAAUGCAUUUGAAGAAAUGGAUAAAGAUGGAAGCGGAAGUCUGACUAAAGAGGAACUUGAAGCAGGUCUAUCAAGUCAUGGAUUUGAAGGCGAACAAGCUAAAUGCAUUGUAGAAGAACUAGAUUAUGAUAGUGAUGGAAAAUAUAACUUGAAAGAAUUCCUAGAAUCAGUUUCAUUUAGUGAAAUGUUUGCAAAGGCGUACAAGUUUUAGACCUAAAUGAUGUUUGAAUGCCGAUCCUUUGAGCUUUGCUUUCAAGUUGUGAGUUAAAAUUUGAAAAGGAUCUGUAUUUUAUUCUCUUAGCACGUUUGUUAUACUGAAUUGACAAUGUUGUGUUCUUGACAUGUUUAAAAUGCAAUUCAGAUCUUAAUAAAUUAUUCUUUUUUUUAA